GUUAAAUACAAAAUCACUCAAGUAAAUCGAACUAAAACUAUGCGAGAAAACUUUAAAAUUAAUUGGUCGGGAAUUUCGGUCGCAUAGGAGUUUCUACUGUACUUUUCAAAUUGAAUUCUUGGACUAAUAUUUUUUUCAAUAGAGAAGCGUCCAAGUCGCGCACACCCACCCGGCGCAAUUUGGCGUUUUCCCAGCAACACGAGUGUCAAAAUGUCUCUUUUACUGUUUGGUGACCCUUUCGAGAGCCCCCGGCACCCCUACGGCCGCCUUUUGGACCGUUAUUUCGCCUCUCUGCUCAAUUUCGACGAUUUUCUGCCGCUGGAAACUGAAACGCGUGGACAUCUCCGCCAGCGCUUCCAAGCCCCAGAGUCUGACGUACGUCUUAAUAAAGAAAAAUUUCAGGCUUGCCUCGACGUUCAGCAAUUCAAGCCGGAGGAACUCACGGUCAAAGUAUCGGAUAAUGUGGUGACGGUCGAAGGCAAGCACGAGGAAAAAGAGGAUGAACAUGGAUUUAUUUCGAGGCAUUUUGUGAGAAGGUACGUCAUUCCGGAAGGGCAUGAUUUGGGAAAAAUUGAGUCGAGACUGUCCUCGGACGGGGUUUUGUCCAUUACGGCCCCCAGGAUUACGGAAGGGGGACAGGCAAGCAGGAAUAUUCCGGUCAUUCGGACCGGACAGCCUUCGCAACACGUUGAAUAUGAUAAACAAGAAGACAAGACGGAGGAAUAAAUUCAACUUAAUUUUUUUCCAAAUGUAUACUUUUUAUUUUGUUGAAUAAAUGAAUUAGAGAUA